CGUGUGUAUGCUUCAAUCAAAAUCGAACGCGCCAAAACUUCGCAGUAAACAUUCCCGAUUUUCCUGUAAAUUCGCGUUCCGUCGCAUCUCUCGCCGAUUCAUCCGAUCGCUCCACUCAUAAAACCCGAAAAAUGGACUUUGAACCGCGUACUAUCGUAAACGGUGCCCAGCUGAAGCACCAUCCGGGCAAGGCGGUCAGCAUCCACCUGUUUGUAGACCGCGCCGAAACGGACGGACGCAGCUUCACCGGCCGUUCCACCGAUGGGCUGAACAUCCAGGUCGUGCUGUCCCAGCCGCUGAGCGAGCUGCUGCACGGCUGGGUCGAGGUCAUCGGGAUGGCCGGCUCAAACGAGAGCGUGCGAUGCAAGGAGAUAAUCACCUACAAGGAGACGGAGGAAAGUGCGUUUGAUGCGUUUGGCCACGAUGCGCUUUGUACGUUUCUGGCCAACUGCAAAGACAUCUUCCAAAUGACCUAGGUUAGUUCCAACAGCUCAUUUUGUAAUUGUAUUUUUUUUUUUUUUUGGCUGCGGUAUCCUGUUAGUCAGACUCUUUAUUCAUUAAAACCAUGUUAAUUAAAGA